AUGCUCUCGAGAGGCGCUCGAUCAGCCCGCUCUUGCGGAGAAGUGGGCAGUUCAGCGAGCGCAUGGUGCUUUAGAAGCAACCACCAGCGGCAGCCCGCUCUUGCGGAGAAGUGGGCAGUUCAGCGAGCGCAUGGGCGGACAGACUUUCAAGACUCGUCCCUUUUCUCCUUGCUUAUAGAAACCGUUGAUGGCGCCGUUCGCCAGCUGCUGCUGUACGGGCAGCAACAGAGACGGGAUAAUAGACUCGAGGCAAGCCAAGGGAGCUCUCAGAAGGAGUUAUUGCCGGAUAUCGAAAACUCUGAAGCUCACCCAAGGGACGCAGCAGCGUUGCCUCUGUUGGGGGGGUUGGGGCCGGAGGCGGCAGAACUGACGGGGGAGGCGCUGGUGAUGUGCGCUAAAGUCCUAGGCCACGCGCCUUCGGCGCGUCGGCUGCCCCUUCUCUUUGGGGCUGUCUCCGGUUUGACGCGUCUUGGGGCAGGGCCUGCGGGCCUCUGCAGGCUGAUAGAGGAGGCCUGUUCCCAGCCCAUGAAGCUCAUAGGCCCCUACGAACCCUGCGACCUCCUCGCUGCGGCUGCAGCUCUAGAGCCGGUGGCCGCGGUUCCCUCUCAUAUCGCCGCAGUUGCCGUACGGACCCUUGAGGCCGACUUGUUGCAGGGAAUGUCUCCAGCUUCAGCAGCUCAAAAGCUUCAAGAACUUGCGGUAGCAGCACCUGAAACAUCAGCAGCAGUUCCAACCGCCGCCACUGCUGGGGUGGCACGCUCUGACGCUGUAGGUACUGACGCUGUCGGUGCGAAGCGAGAUGCAAUAGGGGAUUUCAGGGCUGGCACUGUUGGGGAAAACGACACCUGGACAUAUGUUGAAGAUCUGCGUCGCAGGUCGGGCUCGCCGUUUAGAUCGGCUGCCCACUGUUACCUCCUUGCGGCUGCCGUUGGCCUUGCUGGAAUCCGUCAAUUUCUGUUUGCUCUGCAUCCGGCUUUUCGUAUCUCUACAUUGAGCGUUUUGGCUUCCCUGGAGGCCCUUGUACCCCCAGCUCACAGAACACCAAGCAAAAUGCCACUUGGAACGGCAGCUUCUGUUCAGCCUGAGCAGCAGCAGCACCAACAGGAGCAACCGCAGCAAUGGCAGCAGCAGCAGCCGGGGCCGCCAGCAAGCUGCAGUUUUGUUCAGCCUUCUGCUUCGGGUGACAUAAGCACAAGCGGCGCUGCAGUGGGAGCGCCGCGACAGCAGACAGUAGACUGCAGCGUGAAGCAGGGUCAACACGAACGUGCAAAUUUAGGAAUUAUCCCGUCGAAGUCUGAACGGACUGGGAGGCCUCCGCUGCACCCCGUCCUGCGGCGUUUAAUCUUGUCGGUGUUCUACCGUUUGCCGUGCAUAUCACUGCGGCUGCUGGUCGAGUUGAUGGAGGCGCUAAGGACUUGCGGAUUUCCACAGAGGGAACAGACCGAGGGGCUGUCCCCUCACGGCAAGAGCUGCAGAUGGCGCAGGCCCCUUAUGCAGGCGUUGGCAAGGGAAGCUAUCCGCAAGAUGCAUCAGGCGACCCCCAACACGCUCGUUACGUUUUUGGCGCUUUUUUAUCUCGAGUUAGACGGCUUUGAUGUUUCUCUAGAUCCUCUAAUCUACGGCAUGCAGCGGUGA